UGAAUUAUACCGCUUAGCGAAUUCAGUACAUGCCUCAUAGCUCCAGUCUCAAACUUAACCCCGUUCCUGAUGAUGAAGAAGAGGUGGUCUGCCUGCUGGAUGGAGAAAGACGCUCUCGUGGAAGAGGAGGCUGUUACAAUACAAAAACAAGUAGAGGUUGAGGCUGUUACCGUGAAAGAAGAAGAGAAAGAGGUCUCAGUUAAAGAAGAGGAAGACUCGUUCAGAGUCAAAGAGGAGGACGGCGACGUUUCAGUGAAAGAAGAGGAGGGGGAGGUGACUGUCAUAUCGGAAAAUGAAGAAGAGGAGGAAACUGGAUAUCUGGGCCCGGUUUCCCAAGCGCAUCUUAAGGCGUCCGAUGGUUCUAACGAUGAAGGGGCCCUGCUUAACACGAGAGAGAGACGUGACUAUUGUGGAUCCUCUGGGGGGCCUCAACAACCUCAUGAUGAUGAAGAGGCAGAGGAGAGUCUCUCCACUUCAAAACACCAGCAGAGACCCACAGGGAAGAAAUCUCAUUGCUGCUCUGACUGUGGCAAAGGUUGCAAAUCUUCAUCAGAACUUAAAAUACACCAGAGAACACACACAGGAGAGAAACCUUAUAGCUGUGAUCAAUGCGGGAGGAGUUUUGUUCAAUCUAGCAAUCUGACAGUACACCAGAGAACACACACAGGAGAGAAACCUUUUAGCUGUCAUCAAUGUGGGAGGAGUUUUGUUCAAUCUAGCCAGCUGACUUCACACCAGAGAACACACACAGGAGAGAAAUCUUAUAGCUGUGAUCAAUGUGGGAGGACUUUUACUACAUCUAGCAAUCUGACAGUACACCAGAGAAUACACACAGGAGAGAAAUCUUAUAGCUGUCAUCAAUGUGGGAGAAGUUUUGUUCAAUCUAGCCAGCUGACUUCACACCAGAGAACACACACAGGAGAGAAACCUUAUAGCUGUGAUCAAUGUGGGAGGACUUUUACUACAUCUAGCAAUCUGACAGUACACCAGAGAACACACACAGGAGAGAAACCUUAUAUCUGUGAUCAAUGUAGGAAGAGAUACUCUGAUAAAAGAUCUCUGAUCAAACAUCAGAAAAUACAUACAUGAAGAAGUUGUUUCACGAUAUCAAUGAAAUAAUGUCAGAAUGUAGAAUUAAAAAAAAACAUUGUAGUAGGAGUAUUUUAAUGAUGUCACAAUGUAGAAUGUUUUAACAUUGUAGUAGGAGUAUUUUAAUGAUGUCACAAUGUAGAAUGUUUUAACAUUGUAGUAGGAGUAUUUUAAUGAUGUUCUACCUUAUCGUUUGCCUUGUUCAAUUGAUUGCAGCAUGAUAUGGAUAUUAGCCUCAUGGGAAAAUCCAGGCUCUGAAUUGAAAUAUUAUUUAACAAAAAGUGAGUAACAAAAGAGCUGUGUUACACUUACUGCGUUGGUGACCCACUUUAAUCAAAAUGCAGCACUUCAAAAUGUAGCCAGCGGUUUUCUACUCGUUGAAAAAGCUGCUUGUUUAAAAAAUACAUGUAAUAUAAUAAUUGUUGCAGAUGUUUGUAUUUUCACACAUGAAAGCAGUAUAAUAAAUUGGUCUAUAAUCAAUUUUAUUCACAA